GCCCGCAAACCAGUGUUCAAGAGAAACUUCUUCAACCGUCACAUGAUACAUCGUUAAUGUUCACAUGACAGAGAACGGACUUUCAAAUCGCACUUUUGCAGUACAGUCAGUUUAUCUAGUCGUCUUCAGACAAUGGCAACUCAGUUGUUCAUAUUCACGCUCAUAUUAAUCUCUCUCAGUGGAGAAACGGAGGCGCACAAGUUAUUUCGGACGGAGAAGCAUGGAGGGUCCACCCGAUUUAAUGCAGACCCCAAACCACAAUUUAAAGAAAAAUAUUUCCCUCAGAUAAUCGAUCACUUCAAUUUUAACAGUAUGGGCAACGGCACGUUCGACCAACGCUAUCUGAUCACAGACCAGUAUUGGAAGAAGGGUUACGGACCCAUCUUCUUCUACACCGGUAACGAGGGAGAUAUUUGGGAGUUCGCUUUGAAUUCGGGAUUUAUUAGCGAACUUGCCUCACAGCAGAAGGCUCUGGUGAUUUUUGCUGAACAUAGGUACUAUGGAAAAUCUCUGCCUUUUGGCAAAGACUCUUUCAACAUCCCAGAGGUUGGCCUGCUGACAGUGGAACAGGCUUUAGCAGACUACGCUGUGAUGAUCACAGAGUUGAAGAAGGAUUUGGGAGCCCAGGCGUGUCCAGUCAUAGUCUUUGGAGGAAGCUACGGAGGAAUGCUUAGCGUCUAUAUGAGAGUGAGGUAUCCAAACAUUGUAGCAGGGGCUUUGGCCGCCAGUGCUCCGAUCUUAUCCACCGCCGGGAUGGGAGACCCGAAACAGUUCUUCAGGGACGUCACCGCUGAUUUUGAGAAUUACAGUCCGGACUGCAGAGACGCUGUGAGAGGGGCUUUUCAGAGGCUUCAAACUUUGGCACAACAAGAAGACUAUGGCCGCAUCCAGACGAAGUUUUCUCUCUGUAAGGCCCCAUCUUCCCCUAAGGACAUUCACCAGCUCAACGGCCUGCUUCGUAACGCCUUCACCCUCAUGGCCAUGCUGGACUACCCCUACAGUACCCACUUUAUGGGGAGCAUGCCCGCAUUCCCAGUGAAGGUGGCGUGUGAGAUCAUGUUGAAUGGGCCUGACCUCAUGUCCUCCCUCAGGGAUACUGCAGGAAUUGUAUAUAAUGCUACGGGGGAACUGAAGUGCUUUGACCUUUACUCCCUGUACGUGGAGUGUGCUGACCCCACAGGCUGCGGCUUGGGCUUUAACAGUUAUGCGUGGGACUACCAGGCCUGUACAGAGAUCGAGAUGUGUCACGAGAGUAAUAAUGUGACCGACAUGUUCCCGCCCAUGCCGUUUACGGAGCAGCAGAGGGAACAGUAUUGUGCCAAACGGUGGGGGGUCAUCCCACGACCCGGCUGGCUGAAAACCCAGUACUGGGGCGACGCUCUCUCCACAGCCAGCAACAUCAUUUUUUCCAAUGGGGAUCUUGACCCCUGGGCCAACGGAGGGAUUAGGAAAUCGCUGAGCCAGUCUCUGAUUGCAAUCACCAUACCUGAAGGAGCUCACCACCUAGAUCUGAGGGAGUCCAAUCCAGCUGACCCCGCCUCUGUGAUUAAAGCUCGACAAACUGAGGCUGACAUCAUUGCCCAGUGGGUGAAAAUGGCACGGCAGAGAUCUUAA